AUGCCAAGAAAAGACAAGGAUAGGAGCAAUAAGUCCAAACCAACAGCUCCACUUCCAGGAUAUACUUUGUAUAUCAAUGACCCCCAGGUCCAGAGUGGGGUCAUUCGAAUCCAGGCCUCCUACAGGGGCCACAGGUUAAGUGAUGUGGUGCUGAUCCCAGGCAGUGCAGCCAAGCUGACUUGCCACAUUUUGGCUUUCCCUGACUGGUUCAUCCACUGGAGCAAGGAUCACAAGGAGCUGCAUUGUGGACCCAAGGACCACUAUGUGUUUGAGGACCCUGUUGUGUUGGCUUUGGUGGUGCAUGAUGGCAAGCUGGCCGACCUCAGCCAGUAGCAUCCCUUUGGCCAGUGCUCUGACUCUGUGCAUAUCCUCGUGGAAGUUCCAGCUAAGGUUCAAAAAGGACCUGACAACCCUAAGGCGUGCAAAGGCACCAUGAUAGCACUGCCAGCAGAGAUCCUGGGUGGGCCCGACUGGACCAAGGACAGAGAGGACGUAGAGGACGGCAGGGUCUUCUUUGAGAUUGGCAGGACUACCACCAUGCUGACCAUUCACCGGGCCAGCCCGGACAGCAGUAAGUACCAGGUGUACAUGGAGAACAGCCUGGCCAGGGACCAGAGCGUUACUCGGGUGAAUGUGGCCUGA